CAGAUAGCGGCCCUAGACCGGGCGAAACGAAACUACGAGAAGGCGUUUCGAGAGGCAGAAAAAUCUAUCGACAGUUACCAGAGGGCGGACGCAGACCUAAAUCUGAGUAGGGCUGAGGUGGAGAAGCAGCGAAACAACAUGAACAUCCGCUGCGGUCAGUCGGAGGAUGCAAAAAACGAAUACGCUAACCAGCUGCAGAAGACCAACAAACUGCAGCAGACGCAUUUUGAAUCGUCGUUGCCAGAGGUUUUUAACCGAUUACAAGAGUUGGACGAGAAGAGAACACGAGGACUGAAGGAAUUCAUUAAGGGUGGAGCGGACGUGGAAUCGGCGGUGGCACCCAUUAUUGCGAGGUGCCUUGAGGGCAUGGUCAAAGCAGCGGACGCCAUCAACGAGAAGGAAGACUCACUCAAAGUCAUAGAAAAGUAUCAAUCAGGCUUCCAACCUCCCGGGGAUUUGCCGUUCGAGGAUCUCUCGAAGGCGGACUCGGACACCUCCAAUAACUCGCAGACCUACACCUCAACCAGCGGACUGAAUCACCUCACGGCAAAAGGAACGACGACGCAGAAGCUGAAAAAGCGCGUUGGAAUUUUCGGCAUCUUUGCCAGCAAUAAGAAGAUUGUUGAAGCCUGCAUUCAAGUGAAGAACAACCUCUCCACGGACGGUAUGAAGGAAGAUUUCAGUGACCUACCCCCAACGCAGAGGCGGAAAAAGUUAGCCGGCAAAGUGCAAGAACUGCAGCAAAAAGUGGCACAAGAGCAGGCCGCUAGUGAAGGACUGAUGAAGAUGAAGGGUGUCUAUGAAGCGAACUCUCUGCUUGGUGAUCCACGAUCGGUGGAAGAACAGCUAAACGAAUCGGUCAACAAAUUAGAUAAGCUAAGAAUGGAACUGCAGCGGUACCAGAAACUGCUCGACCAAGCAAAUAGCCAAACCAUCGUCCAGCACAGUCCUCAAGCGAAUCGGGUGAUACAAAACGGACAACGGUCGUCCAGACAUUCCAAUGGGAGCAACCAUCACGACCACCACAAUGAUGACCACGGCGAAGACCACGACCAUGACGCUGGCAGUUUAAGCAGGUCAGCAUCAGAGAGUAGUGUACAGCAAGCGCAAAAUGGGCUUAAUAUUAACAAUAACGGUAGCUCAGCCAGUCCCGAGAGUGGUCUUGGGACGUCCCACACAUCGCUACCCGGUUCCGGUCAGGGUAGCACCAACGACCAGCCUAUUAAUGACGAAAUGUAUUACGAAGCAGAAGCCCUACCGCCACUAGGCACCUGCAAAGCAUUGUAUCCCUUCGAUGCAACGAGUGAAGGAAGCAUUCCAAUGUCGGAGGGCGAGGAGCUUUUGGUGAUAGAACUCGACCAGGGUGACGGUUGGACCCGAGUUCGAAGGUUAUGUGGUCCCAAUGGAUGGGAAGAAGGAUUCGUACCGACCAGCUACAUUGAAAGUACGCUGUAUGCGUAGUGUUGAUCACAACGCAGCUUCAAUUCACAAUGAAAUACCAACCACAGCAAAGGUAAGCGAUACAAGUAUCGAUUUUCAAAACAGUCAACCAUGCUCGUUUAUAGCCACAAAUAAUAAACAAUGUAAUAAAUGUUGACGAACAGCAAACGAUACAUAAACUCCUGUAAAUAUUUAAAUAAAUUCCUUAAAAUUAGAAUCAAAACAACUGGAAGGAUGGUAAGCUACUAUUAAUGUGAUAGUAGGGCAUGUCAUUAAGCAUUCAGAGAUAAGAACCUAACGAAAUCAAUUUAGCGUGUAAGGUUAAAAUAAAUUAUUACGUAUGUAACCGUUCUGGUAAAUGUGCAAAUCGAAUCAAUUGCCUUGUUGCUUGGUUCAGUAUGUUUCAGCUUUCUUCAAUGGAUGAGCUAACGAAAAAACGAAGUCGAAUCCGUUGCAUCGUUAACUGAGAAACUUUAUUAUUACAGUAUACUUCAACAUGCGAUAGUAGAUCAAUUUAGCUUAGUUAUAUUGACAAGCCGUCUGUUUUUAUUCAAUUGUAAUUGUAUGUGAGCCUGAGAGAAUGAAUAAGUUAGAACGAUUGUUGGUAAUGCGAACAUCAAUGCUCAAAAAAAUAAGAUUUAUUUUUGUUUUAAUAAUUUUGUAACAUAAUAAUGACUAAAAUUCAUUAACCAAUAUAAAAGCGAGAGAAAGAAUAGUCUACCCAUUUCUUUCGAAAUAUGUCGCUAA